AUGCAGAGCGUACAAGUUCACCCGGAAGCAGCCAAUAUUACGCGCCUUUUUGAAUCUCGCGCCAGGCAGCAAGGGGCGGAUCUGGCUGCGUCAUCGACCUCGAUUCGGCCGACGCGAGACCAGAUGAACGCGACUGCGUUGAGUACACUGUUGGACCGCCGGAAGUCAGUUCGAACGAAGGGAGAGUUAGAGCAGUUGGAACGCGAGUUUGGCAUUGGGCACGACGCGUUGGAGAAGCUGGUGCGAUUCGUGAACAGUCCGAGCAUCGACAAGGCGAGCAUUCGGCCUGCUGCUGGCAAGUCCGAGGAAGAGGGUUUCGUAGCAACGGCUGUUUGGAUGGCGCCCAGUCUUAAAUCAUAA